AGUUCAAACUCACACUGGGGAAGAUUGAAAAAUAACUGGGGCUUUUUCAUCAUGCUAGUGUGAAUAUUCCAUCCAUCAGUCUUCAUCAAACAAGUGAGCGGAUUGGUCUGUUUUAAAUCUGAUAGAAACGCCGCGUUUGAUUUUCAUUUGAAAAGGCUAUCAACAAACAGCCACUGUUAGUCACUCAGUUAAGCUCGACUGAACUACGGCUACAUACAAGUAUUUACCACUGGACUGAUUUUCUAUAAACAAGCGAAACAAAGUGUUGAUGGUUAGAGAGGUGUAAAUACAUACAUCCUCCAGCAACCCCUUUAUCCAGUAUUCAACAGUACAUAAAAGUAAAACAGCAUUGACAUGAAGAAAAGCAAAUGAUCAUGAAUGGAAAACCAUCUUACGUUCUGCAUGCGACAGCAAUUGUUGGAUGUGGAAUAUCUCUUUUCUUUUGCGUCGUUUCGAUCAUUGGGUUCUCGUGCUUUAGGCCUCGUACAGAAUCGAUGUUGAUCAAAAAGCAUUUGACGAUGGCUGUAUGUGCAACACAGACCAUCUUUCUCGUUGCAAUCCAAGGCUACAAAGAAGAGAUUGGCUGUCGUAUCCUGUCAGUGUUGCUUCAUCUAGCAGCAACAGCUUGUUUCACAUGGUGUGCUCUCGAUGCUCUUGGUUUAUACUUUUUCCAUGUAAACAGUUUUYAUCCAAUCAGGAACACAAAGCUGUAUCUCCUGGUGGGUUGGGGUAUCCCGUGCAUGGUUCUAAUCCUGACCCUGACCGUGGGACUCGUUGAYGUAGAAAGUACAAUUACAUACAAUUUAUCACUGUAUAGCUGCUGGGCAUCUGAUGCGAUUGUCUGGACUUUUGUUGUCCCAUCUAUUCUUGCUGUAGUCGCAGAUAUUAUUAUUCUCUGCACCAUUAUGAAGCAACUGAGGUAUCCAUCAUAUGAUAUCUCACCCAAAGCAGUCAUCGAAAAACGAGGAACUAGGUAUGGACUUCGCACCAAUUCAUUGAUGUUACUUGGUCUGUGUAUUGGAUGGAUCUUCGGGAUCUUGUCGUUAAGAGACACCAAUAAUCUACGGUACCAGCUGAUUUUUGGUCUUGUAAAUGGUCUGCAGGGAAUCUUCUUGUUCUUUUUCCAUUGUCUCUUGAACACUGAUCACGUGAAGGGGUAUAUCAGUACAUCAGGAAGAACGACAAGUACCGAAGAUGAAGGGCGCAGCACGGCAUCUGAUGUCAGUAGAACGAAGAAACAAGAUCAACAGACAAGCACGAAAAGAAAGGGUCGACAACGUGCAUCUAAGUUAGAGAAUGUACCUCUUAUAUCACUGAAUAGUGGCCCCAGCAAGCAGGAAGAAGAAAGUGCYGUUAACUUGUCUAAGACACUCGCUGUUGAAAGCUGUUCUACCUCAGUCGACAUUGUGAGCGAGCCUUUGGAUGACCGAAAACAGCAUCUGAGAUCAGGUGAUCAUGACGUCAUUACUCAUUUACCAGGGACGCCUGAUCAUGACGUCAUUCCUCAAUUGCCAGGGACGCCUGAUCAUGACGUCAUUCCUCAAAUACCAGGGACGCCAGAUCAUGCAGCAGAUGAAAAAGCUUGUACUUCACAAGACCAAUUUAAAAGAAAAGCGAAAAAAGAUGAUAGAGUCAGUGCAACAAGACCCAAAACAGCCGACAACAAACUACAGGUAUGUGAAGAGGCGAAUCAAGAGAAGCGCAGAAAGUCAAACAGCGAACCAGUCAUAUCAUCCAGUUACGAGGAUAAUAAGGGACAAGAACGCACAGAAAGACUGAAGGCAAAUGAGAGAAGUAGUGUUCAGUUUCAUUACAGUAAGCAAAAGCGAUCAGCAAGACCACAAAGACCACAUAGCUCAGUUAACGAGUUGGAAAGUUUGUUUUCCAGAACAGACUUUACGCCCACCAAGCCUCAUCGGUCAUCUUCAUCUAGUCUACACAGCUCAAAGGCUAGCAGAGAUAGAAAAACUUCUCAGGAGGAAAAACAAAGGAAAAGAUUCUCAUCAACUGACAACCAUGACUCRGACCAAUCAAGUAAUACCAAUGAGGCUUUGGAAGAGUCCCAGUCAAGAACUCCUUCCAGAAGUACUCAGCAAACAAUACUCUAGAGGUUGUGCAUGGAACAUAGGCAUUGAAUAUUGACCAUCAGGGCCUGUUCAUCUGUCACUCUUAUGUUGAAUAUUAAACUACAUAUUAUUGAUAGAUAUUGAAGAGAAGAAAAAAAACAAAAAUACUGUAAUGACGAAUCAAGACAAUGAGAAGGCAUAGGGUUUUCUGCUAAUAGAUUAAUGGAUUUUAAGUCUUGGAUCAAAACAGCAAUUAAGAAAUAUACAGCAUAUUAAAGGAUUAUUUAUAUUA